UCUCAACAGUUUUCUACUGUCUACGAAAUUUUUGAUCAAACUUCAUUUCUACUUCAAUUUCGUCAUUUACUCUGAAAAUGCCCGAUACUUCUCAAAUUUUGUGCCAAAUUUGCGCACUACCAGCUCACGGGAAUCACUUUGGAGCCGUCAGUUGCCGAGCGUGCUCCGCAUUUUUUAGAAGGAGCAUUUUGGAAAAGAAUGCGGAGAAUUUCAAGUGCUUACGAGGGAAUAAUACGUGUGAGGUGAAGCUGGCAGGAAAAUUCUACUGCAAGAAGUGUCGUUUGAAAAGGUGCUACGAAACGGGGAUGGAUCCAAAAUAUUUUCAGCUCGAUCGAGACAAGAUCAAGCCCCGUCAGAUUCCCAAAACCGUAGCCACCCUAGUGGGCCGCCCGUCGUACAUUGUUCACUGUGCACCGCCCGAGCACAAUUCUAAAAAAGGGAUCUUAGAUGUGUCCUACCUAAUUGUCAAAGCCCAUAAUUGCCUGGAUUUCCCACCUCAGAUGUUCAACAAAAAUCUGACAAUUUUGGAAAAAAUGCAGUGUGCCAAUGAGUUUUUGGACUCUUUCGAAAAUUUGACAAACUCGGAAAUGUUGACGAAAAUUCCUAUGAUGCAGUACCCGGUAAUUAAUAAGCAAUUUUUCUUGCACUUUUGGGAGCUGGACUUUUUGAAAACAGCGAAAUGGUUGAGCUUUCUGGAUGGAUUUUAUAGCUUGCCGAGAGGGGUUCAGAUGCAAAUUCUAAUGAGCACGUGGCAUUUACGUGCACGGCUUCAUCGCUUGAGCCAAACUGCCAAAUUGCGGAAGUCUGAAGAUAUCGGGAAAAAUGAUUUUAUGAUGUCUAAAAAUUCGUGUCUCGAUUUGAAAACGUGUCAGUUGGAUGUCUCCUGGUGUACGGAUUAUCCCAAUGAGCAGAUACAGUUCUUCCUAGAAAAUUCGGACGACUGGGUGCACAAUGAAGUAGUAGAUCUGAUCGUCGAGCUGAACCCUUCGGAAAUUGAAAUGACUUUUAUGACUUGUCAAUUUUGCUUCCAUUAUGCUGGAAAACGGGAGCAGGGGCAUAUUUUAUCUGUGAUGGAGAAAUACUUGGAUCUGAUUUCCAAUGAUUUACAUAGAUAUUACCAAGACAAAGGCAUUAGGAAUUAUACUGAGCGUGUCACUAAAAUGAUGAAGAUCAAUAAUUGGUUACAGAAAAUCAUCUGGGAAAAACGUUGGAAAAGAGAGUUGGCCGAGAAAUUCGAUAUCUUCCAUUUGCAUUUUUCUCACCCUGAAAUGUUCUAUGACUGCUGUUGAAUUAUUAAUUUUCAAAUUUUCAAUUAAAUUAUAAAUAUGACUGAAUUG